AUGAAGCUCCUCACCAAAGAAGAAGAAGAUGCCCACUACAGUGAGGUCCUCAAGGGUGGCUCCGUCGGAGGUGUAUCCGGUCUCGUCAUUGGAGUUGCAGGUGUCCUCCUUGCUUCUCGCCGUUACCACACGAUCCGAAACCUGACAGUGCCCAUGAAAUCCUUCCUGGUGACAUCCUCCGGUACUUUCGCCGGUAUCAUCUCCGCCGAUCACGCGUCGCGCAAAUUCGAGAACGAGCGCAACACCAUCACAAAGUGGUACGAGACCCGCGAGGAGCGCCUCCGCGCCGAGGAGAGCGCCGGUCAAUCCCUCUCCGACCGCAUCACUGCCUUCGCCCGUCGCGAAAAGUACAAGAUCAUUAGUGCGACCUGGAUUGCCUCUAUGCUGGGCUCCUUCGCCCUCGUCGGUCGCAACCCAUACCUCAGUGGUCAGCAGAAGCUUGUUCAGGCCCGUGUCUACGCUCAAGGUCUCACCCUCGGUGUGCUGUGCGCUUCCGCUGCGUUCGAGAUCUCGGAUCAGCGCCGUGGUCGCGGCUUGCUUGAUUCCAAGCGGGCCGCCGCUAAGGCUGAGGACGCUGCCGAGCCUGCGCCUGUUCACAAGGAUCGCGAGUCUGAGGGUGAUCUGUGGAAGGACAUGGUUGCUGCUGAGGAGCAGCGCUUGAGCAACAAGCACCAGUCUCUCUACGAGCACCACGAGCGUCAGCAGCAGGCUGCUGAAGCUCAGAAGAGCGAUGCGCCUGCCUCUGACGAGAAGGAGGAGAAGUCCGACUCUGAGGAUGGCGAGAAGGAGCCCAAGUCUGAGAAGAAAGAUGCCAAGUCCGACAGCAAAAAGCACUCUUAA